CUGGGCCUUGAUUCCUGCCCUCCUCCAACGAUGAUCGUGAGAUUCAAGCCCCUGGUAGGCGAUUCGCGACAAUGCAGCACCAAAAUCCUCACCGCCUCGCUGAAAUCGCUGCUCCGGUUCUGCGAGGGCAAGAGCACGCACUGCCGAUCGCUGCCAUGGCGGAUGCCGUCUGGAAGCCUCAUAAUCUCCAGCCGGGGCAAGAAUCUAAGCGGCCAUUCGACGCCCGCGAUCUUGAUCAAGCGCAGGAAUUUCGAGAGUGGGAGUAGCAGCGGCGAUUCGUCAUCGUCGAUCAAAACGGAGACGCGGUGCCCGUCCUGCGAUGCCAAGAUCUCGAUUCCUGUCUCGUCCGGAUCCUCGUCGUCGGCAACGUAUCUCCACGAUAUCUUCGGCAAGCGCGGCUACUCCUUCGAGCAGGCUUGCCCUCACUGCGGGGCAAUGUGUUCCAUCGGGCCACUGGAAUUCGCGGCCGGAUGUGCGCAAGAUCCCAGGAGCAGCAAGGAGAAGGAGCAAGAACAAUCUUCUCCUUCUCGUCCUUCCUCCUCCGUGGACGAUCAGCUCCGCGGCUGGGUGAGGAAGAUGAUCAACAAUGCAUUGCUGGAGAAGGUGUCGUCGUCAUCGCCAUCGUCUUCUUCUUCGUCGGCUUCCGGUGGUGGUAAGAAUGACGGUGGAAGGGACUCCAGGGAAGGCUCCGGGGGCAUGAUUCCUGUGGAGCCACCGUCACCUCCCAUUCCACCAGACACCCACGUCACGCGCUCACUCAAGAAAUCGUCCAAGCACAACUCUGGAUCGAGCUACUCGCUGGGUGACACGAGCCGGAGAUGGGGUGGUUCCAAUCUCGGGAGGAAUUUGCCUUCUCCUCGUGAGAUCUCCGAGGAGCUUGACAAGUUCGUCAUCGGCCAGGACCGAGCCAAAAAGGUGUUGUCUGUGGCAGUCUAUAAUCACUACAAACGGAUUUACUUUGAGAGUUUAAGAAAUGAAGCUGCCAAAGCCGCUUCUAUGGGAGAAUCAGAGGAAUUUGAUGAGAGCGUAGUGUCGAAUGCCAAUGCGUCUGGAGACGAUGAAGUUGAGCUUGAGAAGAGCAAUGUGCUGUUGCUCGGUCCUACUGGCUCUGGGAAGACAUUGUUAGCUAAGUGCUUGGCAAAGUUUGUGAAUGUUCCCUUCAUAAUUGCAGAUGCUACGACGCUCACACAGGCAGGAUAUGUUGGAGAAGACGUGGAAUCUAUCCUUCAUAAACUUCUUGUGGCGGCCGAGUUCAACGUAAAUGCAGCUCAGCAAGGAAUAGUCUACAUUGACGAAGUCGACAAAAUUACCAAAAAGUCAGAAAGCCUCAACAUUGGAAGGGACGUGAGCGGUGAAGGUGUUCAACAAGCACUGCUCAAAAUUUUGGAAGGAACUAUUGUUAACGUCCCUGAGAAAGGAGCUAGAAAGCAUCCUCGUAGCGAUCACACCCAGAUUGAUACGAAAGAAAUCCUUUUUAUAUGCGGGGGAGCUUUCGUGGAUCUGGAGAAAACGAUUGCAGAGAGGAGACAAGAUUCGUCCAUCGGUUUUGGGGCACCAGUGCGAGCCAAUAUAAGAAACAACGGUGGUACAACCAGUGCGACGGUUGCUUCAUCAUUGCUUGAAAAGGUCGAGAGCAGUGAUCUCAUUUCAUAUGGAUUGAUACCAGAGUUUAUUGGACGCUUUCCGGUGAUUGUGAGCCUUUCCGCUUUGAACGAGGAUCAACUUGUCCAGGUUCUCAUGACGCCUAAGAACGCAUUGGGCAAACAGUACACCAAGCUCUUUGCAAUGAACGACGUGAAACUUCACAUUACCACUUUAGGACUGAGAAGGAUCGCUCAAAAGGCCAUGGUCAAAAACACAGGUGCCCGUGGCUUGCGUUCUAUCCUGGAGCAGCUCCUCACGGAGGCAAUGUUCGUUGUUCCCGACGGCGAUAUUGGAGCUGCCAAGAUUGAUGGAGUGGUGAUUGACGGUGCUGCCGUUGGCACACCGGAUGGCCAACCAGGUGCCGCCAAGAUUCUUCGCGGAGACAACGCGCUCGAGAUGUUUGUAGCCAAGCACCUAGAAAACGAAGAAAAGAGAUUUCACGAGAAGAAAUCCAGAGACUCUGGAGCAGCAUUGGUGGUGGUAGCCGGAGGGAACAGGCAUUGUUGAAGACUUUUUCACCUUUUAUUUUUAUUACAACAAGCUUUAAGGGAAAAACGUAGUGUUUUUUUUCCUUUUGGUUCUUCUGUACAGAAUAAAUGGGUGGCUUUGACGGACCAAAAUAAA